AUGCACGCCCCGCCCAGAGGCCUGUUCUACGCCAUUUACUACACUGCACUCGCGGUUUUCGCAAUCCCAGGUGAAGUAUUUCAGAUAUGUAUUCGUUCUCUCAAUGGAUACCGCCUCGGUGUCAAUUUAAUAGCGAUUGUGAUCCUGUCGCAAGGAAAGUGCGGUCUCUCCAAAUGUAUCACUCGGUACCUGCUGUCCAUGGCGGUGACGGAUCUCCUGGUUAUUAUCACGGCAGUGUUACUAAACCGGGUUCCUGGCAUUUAUUUCCCAGGUAGUUUCUUGUCCAUUACUCCAGUCUGUAGCCUCAGCAUUACACUCAUCUAUGCGGCCAGAGAUUGUUCAGUCUGGUUAACCGUCUCUUUCACCUUUGAUCGGUUUGUGGCCAUUUGCUGCCAGGAACUGAAAACAAAAUACUGCACCGAAAGGACGGCAGCCGUGGUCAUCGGAACAGUUUGUGUCUUGGGCUGCCUCGUCAACAUUCCCUGGUACUUCUUACACGAGCCGACCUACAUAAUUGACAACGUCCCUUGGAAUUGCAAACUGAAGGAUCUGCGAUAUUCCUCUCCACCGUGGGCAGCUUUUCAGUGGAUCGACCGCAUCUUAACCCCUUGCCUCCCGUUCUUCCUCGUGCUUUUCCUCAACGCUUUGACCGUCAGAUAUAUUCUCGCGGCCAGUCGAGCCCGAAAGAGGCUCCGGGUGCAGAGUAACGGACAGAAACAGAACGAUCUGGAGAUGGAGAGUCGGAGGAAGUCCAUAGUGUUGCUCUUCACCAUUUCCAGUUGCUUCAUCCUGCUGUGGAUGGCUUAUGUUGUCCAAUUCUUCAUUGAACGAUUUCAACCGAAUUAUAAAAUCAAAGGCUUCAGCGACCCUAAAUUUAUUUUUCUGGAGGCUGCUAAUAUGCUUCAAAUGUUAAGUUGCUGUACAAACACCUUUAUUUAUGCAGUAACUCAGAGGAAAUUCAGGGAGCAGUGCAAGUACUUCUGA